AGCUUGUCGGUUCAUACGGAUGAACGUUUGUCUCACCUGACGCACGCUGAGGAUACGCGCUGUUAAACUGUCCAAAAAUGAAGAGAAAUCACGACUUUAGCUCGUCGGACAGUGAGCUCGAUGAGAAUAUCGAAGUGGAGAAGGAGAGUGCGGAUGAAAAUGCCGGUGUGAAUUCUCCACUCGGGUCAAUGUCUCCAUCCACAACCUCUCAAGUGCAAGCAAGAAAACGUCGCAGAGGGAUCAUCGAGAAGCGCCGGAGGGACCGGAUAAAUAACAGUUUAUCUGAGCUGCGCAGGCUGGUGCCCAGCGCCUUUGAGAAACAGGGCUCUGCUAAACUAGAAAAAGCAGAAAUUUUGCAGAUGACCGUAGAUCAUUUAAAGAUGCUUCAUGCUGCAGGAGGAAAAGGUUACUUUGAUGCUCACGCUCUGGCCAUGGAUUACCGUGGACUGGGUUUCCGCGAAUGUCUAGCAGAGACUGCACGUUACCUCAGUAUCAUCGAGGGCCUGGACAACACCGACCCCCUCCGCAUCCGCCUGGUUUCGCAUCUCAACAGCUACGCCUCUCAAAGAGAAGCUCACUCUGGUUUGGGGCACUUGGCAUGGGGUUCUGCAUUUGGGACACCUCCCUGCCACCUGGCCCACCACCUCCUCUUGCAACAGCAGCAGGGGGCGCCAUUGGCACGCAGUACCAGCAGCCCUCCAUCCUCAAACUCAUCAUCGCCCUCCUCCUCCUCUCCAUCCGCCCCGUCAACAGAGCCUAGGUUGAGCGGGACGGUGAUUAGCGAGGCGGGGCAGACGGGAACGCUAAGGGUGCCACCCAGUACCUCCCUUCCCCCAGGCCUCACUCCACCUACUGCAUCUAAGCUUUCUCCACCCCUCCUGACGUCACUUUCAAGCCUGUCAGCGUUUCCCUUUCCGCUGAGUGCUUUUCCUCUGCUGUCCCCGAGCUCACUGGGCCCCACAACGCCCUCCAGCAGCCUAGGGAAGCCCUACAGGCCCUGGAGCAUGGAAAUAGGGGCCUUCUAAACUCAACAUGAACGCUCUUAGAAAUGACUUUACUUCUGUAACAUCAGACUAUUUCAAUCAGAUGCACAGAAACAGACUUGUACAAAGGGAAGACACCAAUACAGAUUCAAUUGACUUACCAGAACGAUUGUUUGUCCCGUCUCAGCAGAUGAUGAGUUUUGGAAAUGGUCCAAUUCUCGCCCAACUGAUUUAGGCCUUUUGUCCCUCGGGGUACACUGUAAAAUAUCUGCAUUUUUCCAUAUUUUGUGAUUCAUGUUUUUAUUUUAAAUUUUUUUCCCUUUUAUUUAUGUUUUUGAAUUGCAUUAUGGGACAUUGAAUGUUCUUCCAACAGCUUUUAACAUUGAAAUGUUUGAAAAAGUGAGUUUUAUUAAUAUUUUAAUACUUUAAAGUGAUAUAUUGUCUGGGUUGAUGUUAUAUAUUACGGUACAAAACCCUUGUAAUAAACUGCCAGUACAUUUUCUGUUAUUUUACAGACUUAUUUCUCUAUAUAUUAUUUCUUAUACACUGUAAAACCAAAAAAGUCAAGGUAACUCAAACCAUUUGAGGAAACUGAUUGCAACAAACCAUUUAAAACUAAAAACUAAUCCUAAUGAGUACUGUGAACUUAAUCCAUUUGAGUAAAUGAGCAAUUGAGCAAUUUGAGCACAGUAAAACCCAAUAAAUGAAAAUAACUCAAACCAACUGAGUACUGUAAAACCCAAUAAGUUAAGGCAACUCAAACCAUUUGAGGAAACCGAUUGCUACAAACCAUUUGAGUUAAAAAAACUAAUCUCUAUAAGUACUGUGAACUUACUCAAUUUAAGUUGAAGUAAUGAGGUGUUUAUUUAACUCAUUAUCUUCAACACUGAGUUCAAAACUCUUCUCAAAUGAGUAGAAUUAACUUAAAUUAAAUGAAUAGUAAAUUAUGAGUUAACUACACUCAUUUUAUUUGAUAAAGUUAACUGUUGGGUUUUACAGUGUAUAUUUUAUUAUUUCAAACUACUAAAAUGUUAGUAAAUGUCACUUUGUUAAACUGUAGAGCUGAAUUUGUAACGUCAAAAGUUGACAGAGCAAAGAUCAAGGUCCCAUAAUGCAAUUCACAACCGUAAAUAAACUGAAAACACUUGAGAAUCUCAAAAUACAGAAACUGUUAAUUAACAGAUAUUUUUUACAGUGUACGUUUACAAUGAUGUACUAAAAAUGGGGAUUUCUUAUUCUUUAUUUGGCAUACAGACAACAGUGUUGUCAAAAUGAUUCCCUUUCAUGUGGAUCUGCAAAAACAACUAAAACGCCGUAUUGUACAGUACAUGCCAGGCCAGUAGUUGGCGAUGUCGCUUUGUAAAUAAACACUAUGCGACUGCACACAUUUUUGAUUGUGUGCAUUUUCACACCCCCAAAACAGUGCUGUCGUGUAAAGUGAACUUAACACUUGUUUAAACCAUCCAAAAUGCAUUAAGCUUCCAGUUUUUGGUUGAAAACAGUGUCCUGUAAACAUACCCUCAGUGGAGAAAACAUACAAAAUAUGUCUCAUUUUGAAUACUGCACCCUCUAGAGGUCACAUCUAUUAUUUGUCCAAAAAACAACCAUAAUAAACUGAAGGUUAUUCCUUUUGAAAAAUAGAUUAAAUUGAGGCAGUUCAUUCUGCAGUGGCGAACACUGAUAAAUAAGGGGCUAAGCCGAAUAAAAAUGAAUGACUGAAUACUUAUAAUUUUAUAAAACAAAUGUGAACACUAGAGGGCGCACCAUAUGAAAUGAGACCUAGCCAGAGAGAGAGAGGUGAUUUAGAUCAAAAUACAUCACUGAAUUGAUGUUAAACUCAAACUAGAUGCUCAUUUUAUAACAAUAAAGAUGGUUCAGGAACAAUUAGUCCACAUGCAACAUAAAUUAGCAUCUUAACUCCGGGAAUGACUUUGAAUGUUUUGAAAUCUGUUGGAAAAACCUAUGCAACGACAUUGAUGUUUUGCAAAUUUCCCUUCACAAAUAUAUGUGAAACCUAUGCAACCCAUGUAUUCCUCAGCUGAUCUCGAUGAGUACUUUAUUUUUAUAAAGAUUAUAUGGUCAGUGACCUGCAGUGUGUUUUUUUAGAUGUAAUGAAUUUGCUGUUUGCAGGAAUGGAUCUUUAUGGAGACAAUCUAGAUAGACAAUCUCUCAGAGCUGCACUAAUUUAAUUGUAGCGAAGGCACUAUUAGGUUUGUUAAUAGAGAAAAUGUGCAUAUGUUUGCCCUUUAUGUUCAAAUCAUCUCUCUCUCUCUUACAGUUUUCUGUACUUGAGGAGUGUUUUGGAAAACCAUUUUUUUUGUGGCAAUAGGGAAUUUGCACUGGCAAAUCAGAUAAUAUUAGGGGAAUAGAUAGUACUGGAAGAGAUGAUGUGGUACUGUGCCUGUCCCUCACUAACCUGUGUGACUUUCCUGUAAUAAAAUAUGUGUAGCUAACAA